UCCCACUACUUCCCUCUUUGCUUUGACUCGGCUGGCUGGAUUCCACAACAUGUGUUUUUUGUUCGGCUAACAGCGCUCGCCGUAAUUUUGUUUUUGGCCUUUUUUUUUUCUUUUUUUCUCAUUGAUCUUAUCUGUUUGAGCCCUCUGGCGGCGACCCGGACGUCGUUCAUCCAACAACACCAAAAAAGAAAGUCAAAUGCGAGGUCUGGGGACGCUUAGCGCGCUAGUCGCACCGGUCGCGGCGGCACUCGCCGAUGGGCCCUUCACCACGUCCGGGCGGUGGAUCCUGGCCGGCGACAACAAGACCAACGUCAAUCUGGCCGGCAUCAACUGGCCCGGAGCCGGGGAGGCCAUGAUCCCCGAGGGCCUGCAGUACCAGUCGGCCGCAGCCAUAGCGGCCCGCAUCCAGAGCCUCGGCAUGAACGUCGUGCGGCUGACUUAUGCGACCGAGAUGGUGGAUCAGAUAUUUGCCAACGGCGGCGCCGACAUCCCCGUGCAAAAGUCGCUGAUCGCCGCCCUGGGCCAGCAGAACGGCACGGCCGUCUGGGAAAUGGUCAAGAGGAGCAAUCCUCAAUUUAACGACAAUAUUACGAGGUUACAGGCGUUCGAUACAGUAGCUGCAGAAUUGUCAAAACAGGACAUCUACGUGCUGGUAGACAACCAUGUAUCCAAGGCCCAAUGGUGCUGUUCGCCCCUGGAUGGCAACUCUUGGUGGGGAGACACGUACUUUUCGACGGCCAACUGGACGCGGGGACUCACGUACAUGACUGAGCAUACCCGGGAUUGGCCCAACCUGAUAGGAUUAUCCCUGCGGAACGAGCUCCGCCAACCCCUGACCAACAUCACCCUCUACCAGCAGGCGUACAACUGGGAGACCUGGUAUGCGCGGACCCGCGAGGGCGCCGCGGCCAUCCACAAGGCGAACCCGAAAGCGCUCGUCUUCCUCUCCGGGCUUGAUUCGGACACGACGCUGCAGCCGGUGGUGGAGGGCAGCAACCUGACGCCCGGCAAGGGCAUGUUCAGGCCCGGCGACUACUUUGAGGGCGCCGAGAAUAAGCUCGUCCUGGAGCUGCACAGCUACGCCAACAUCAUCAACGAGGGCCUGGCCAAGAACUGCACGGGCCUCAAGGAGACCCUGGUGCAGGGCGGCUGGAGCGGGCUGAGCACGGCGGCACCCGGCGGGACCAAGGUCAAGAAUCGGAUGCCGACCCUCAUGACCGAGUUUGGCUGGGGCCAGAACGACCAGGAGUGGAACAGCAACUACUCGACGUGCAUUCAGGAUUUCUUGAGGGAUGAUGUCCGUGCCGGUUGGAUGAUCUGGGCCAUUUCGGGCAGCUACUACAUCCGCGAGUGCAAGCAGGAUUAUGACGAGCCUUGGGGUAUCCUGAAUCACGACUGGUCGGACUGGAGAUCUGAAAAGCACGCCAUGGGCGAGCUGAAGCGUUUGGUCAAUUCCACCUUGUCCACGACCAUGGAUGGGGCAGGUGAAGGCGGCGGCAAGGAUUCGCCAUCGCCAUCGCCAGACAAAAAGAAUGCUUCGGAAAGCAUUAGAGGUUCGUUAUAUAACUUUCUUUGGGGUGUAGCUGCUUUGGCCAUCUUCAACAUGGUGUAGAAUGGUGUAAAGCUUUUUUUUCGAGACGACCGUUGAUGAAUGAACUCAUUUGGGGGACUACACGCAAUUUGGAUCAAAAUGUAUAUAUUCUUUUCUCGCAUCUGAUGAUGCUCCUGUUUAUCCCACAAGAGCCACAUGCACUACCUAAAGCCUCUCGCUCGACUAUGUUUGAGAAAUAAAGUAUAAAAUGGCUUGGAACACCC